AUGAGAAUGAAACCUAAUCGAUUCUUUGCGCACCGCAAUCUAUCGCAAUUUAUUUCGAGGCGAUGCAAAGCUGCGGCUACUGGAACAAGAGCCUUCUCUUCAGCAGUGCAAGUGGACCGUCAUCGCCAAAAGAAGGACGAGAGCAAAAUUCCCAAUGAUGGUUUGACUUUGGGAGACUUUGUACACAACAAAGGAAACGUGAGUGGUGAUAUUACUAGUGAGCGUAGUAAUAGUGGAUUAUCCUUUCACAUAAAGACCUAUGGUUGUCAAAUGAAUGUGAGCGAUUCCGAUAUUGUGCGGGCCGUCCUUUUGGAACAAGGAUAUACGGAAGCCCAAGAGGAGGCCGACGCGGACGUGUGGUUGACCAAUACUUGUGCGAUUCGUGACAAGGCGGAACAAAAAGUUUGGCAACGUCUGCACACUUUGAAGAAACGAAAAUCGUCAAACCAAGUGGUGGGUCUGCUGGGGUGCAUGGCGGAACGCCUGCAAGAUGAGUUGCUGAAGGAAAACAUGGCAGAUCUCGUGGUUGGACCAGAUGCCUAUCGGGAUUUGCCGCGGCUCUUGAGAGAUUUGACCGAUAGUGAAGAUCCAUUGGAGCAGGCAAUCAAUGUGCAACUGAGUCUGGAGGAGACCUACCAAGAUAUUGUCCCAGUCCGCGAUGGAAAAUCCACGACUUCUGCCUUUGUCAGUAUUCAAAGGGGCUGCUCCAACCGAUGCUCCUUUUGUAUUGUUCCAUUCACCAGAGGUCAAGAGCGAAGCCGUCCGGUUGAAAGUAUCGUCAAUGAAGUGAGGGAGCUGGUGGAAGUCCAGAAUAUGAAAGAAGUAGUCCUGUUAGGGCAAAAUGUCAACUCGUACCAUGAUCGAUCAGAGGCGGCACUCGAAGCACGACCAUUCAACACUACACCCAGCCUUUCCAACUCUGGAUUUCGCAACCGGCUACGGCGUCCAUCGCAAGGUGGAUAUACCUUUGUGGAUUUGGUGGAGGCCAUCUCUGACAUUUCUCCUGAAUUGCGACUGCGUUUUACUUCUCCACACCCCAAAGACUACCCACAAGAACUCCUUCAUCUCAUGGCAGAACGACCCAAUAUUUGCAAUCAACUUCACAUGCCAGCUCAGUCUGGUUCCACUAGUAUGUUGAAACGAAUGAAACGAGGUUACACUCGAGAGGCCUACUUUGAAUUGAUUGACUCGGUGCAAACUAUUAUUCCCGAUAUAGCACUCUCGUCGGAUUUCAUUGCUGGAUUCUGUGGCGAGACGGAAGAAGAGCAUCGAGAUACAGUAUCUUUGUUGGAACACGUCCAGUACGAACAAGCCUUUUUGUUUGCCUACAGUAUGCGCAACAAGACUCAUGCUCAUCGUACCAUGGAGGACAAUGUUCCAGCAGAUGUGAAAUCUCGACGACUCUCGGAAAUCAUUGAUACCUAUCGUACCAAUGUGCAAAUCAAGAAUGAGCGGGUGGAACAAGGAAAGCUACGACUGGUCUUGUUGGAGGGAGAAGCCAAACGACAAACCUUUCCAGGAAUGACCACUUGGCAUGGAAGAACGGACCAAAAUAAGCGCAUCAUGUUGCCAAUCAACGAAUCCAUUGGCGCCAUUGACGAAUCGCACGCUCGUUUGAUCCUCCAGCAAAGUUUGGACGGAUCGACUACUGGCUUGUUGCCACCACCCAGACAACGAUCCAGUGUGACUGCUGGAGAUUACGCGGUAGUGCAAGUCACGGACGUCAAGGGUCAUACAUUGAGAGGAAAACUCUUGUGGAAAUCGACUCUUGCUGGAUUUGCAGAUAUGGAAUCGAAUCAUCUAUCCAAGAUUGGAGACGAGGGCAUCGCUAGAUUCGAAAGAAGACUGGAGGAAGAGAUUGGCAUGGAUUCUUUGAGCAUGGAUCAGCAAAGUUUGGUGGUCUAG